AUGAAAGAGAUCAAAGAUGUUAGAAAAGUAGCAAAACUACUUGGCUCAAAGAUAUUAAAAGAUAUUUUGGCUAGAAUAAAACAACUUAGGCAUACGAACAGAACUCAAGCACAAAUAAUUGGUCCUGUGGAAGAAGAUCCAGAGUAUGAACUUAUAGUUCAAGCUAAUAAUAUAACCGUUGAUAUUGAUAAUGAAAUAUUAGUCGUACAUAAGUUUAUAAGAGAUCAUUAUGCAAAAAAAUUUCCCGAAUUGGAAUCAUUAGUUCUUAAUCCUUAUGAUUACACUAGAGCAGUUAAAGCUAUUGGAAAUGAAAUGGAUUUGACUAAAAUAGAUCUGAGAUCGAUUCUUCCAUCUGCUACUGUCAUGGUAGUAACUGUUACCGGAUCAACAACUAAUGGUCAACAAUUAACAGAAGAAGAGAAUACAAUCGUGAGUGAUGCAUGUGAUAUGGUAUUGGAAUUGGAUUCUGCUAAACGAGAGAUAUUAGAAUAUGUUGAUUCUCGUAUGACACUUAUUGCUCCCAAUCUAUCAGCGAUUGUUGGAAGCACGACUGCAGCCAAAAUAUUAGGACAAGCUGGUGGAUUAACGGCUCUUUGUAAAAUGCCGGCUUGUAAUGUAAUGCUUAUUGGUACACAAAAAAAGUUGAACACCGGAUUUUCAAAUGUGACAGCACCUAGACAUACGGGAUAUUUAUACCAAUCAGAAUUGAUUCAGAGAACGCCGACUGAUUUAAGAACUAAAGCUCAAAAGAUUGUUGCUGCAAAAUGUACUUUGGCAGCAAGAAUGGACCGAAUGCAUGAAUCAUCAGAUGGAUCCUUUGGAAGCACAUUACGUGAACAAAUUGACAAAAAACUUGUAAAAUUACAAGAACCUCCACCAACCAAAGCGGUCAAACCUUUACCUGUUCCUGAUGAAGGGCCAAAGAAAAGAAGAGCAGGAAAAAAGAUGAAGGAGGCAUACGUUGUUACUGAGCUUCGUAAAUCACAAAAUAGAAUGGCAUUUGGUGUUCCAGAAGAUGAAGCGUCAUCAUUUGAUAAAACAAAGGGGUUGGGACUUAUUGGACCAAAUUCAGGAAAAAUCCGAUCGCCAGUUGCAGAUCCUCGAGUCAAAGCAAAAACACCAAGGAAACAACAAUAUAUGGGAUCUUCUGGUGCCACAUCCGGUCUAUCGUCAUCAUUGGCUUUCACACCGGUACAGGGAAUUGAAUUGAUCAAUCCAGAAGAAACACAAAGGAAAAUCAAAGAAGCUAAUGAUAAAUACUUUUCUGGUGGCCAAUUCUUAAAAGUUGGAAGAGAUAAACAACAACAAAAAUGA